AUGCUGAGUUCCUUUCCCGAGUCAAGUACCCCAAUUCUGGCCGGUCAACGCAUUGACACGCUCCACCUCGCCAACUGGCAGAAUAAUUCCUACAGCAUGAACAACGAGGUUGAAAUUGACGUGGAGAUAAGCGGCACGCGUGGACCUCUCGCAAUUCAGGUGUACCUAAACAGCGCGCGAAAUGCGUUCCUGAGCUGCCUUAAGCAUCUGCUGGCGCGACUAGCGCUUGCUGGAAUUGCGAUUGCGGUUAUUUGGAUGGCAUUUAAAUCUAUACCAGAGCAAAACAGCUCCUACCUGUUUGUCGUUCUCGGUCCACAAUUGACUGAACUCUCUAUCUUUAUGUGGAAAUUUAUGGUUGCCAGGGGCAAUUUGCGAGACGAGGAAAAAGGGCUGAGAAUGUGCGUCUUUACUUUCCUCUACGCCAUCUGCCCCGCAAUUUGUAUGAUGGAGUAUCAUCGGAUGAAUGAGUUCCAGAGGUUUUACGGGGUAUGCAUAAUUGUGUUUCAUGUCACACAAACGGAUGAAAUAUACAUAACUAUCCUAUAG